AUGGUUUUGCACUUGCUGCAUGGGAAGCUUGAUGUCACUAUAUAUGAGGUUGAUUCAUUACAAACACUUCGAGCAUUCAGUUUCGAUAUCGGCAACAAGGGAACAUAUACAAGCAUGGGGAAGAAAAUUCUGUCACAGCUCAAAAAUUGCAUUAUGUGUCAAUGCCAAUUCCAACCAGAGAAUAUUAUUGGGAUGGGUCUAUAUGCAACAGUUGAUUUGGACAAAGCAAGAGUUGGAAGAACUAGGAUGAUAAAUAACCAACCCUUCAACCCUAAAUGGAAUGAAAACUUUCAUAUUUACUCAGCUCAUUCAAUCUCCAAUGUUAUAUUCACUGUCAAACAAGAUAACCCCAUUGGUGCAACUCUAAUUGGAAGAGCUUAUGUUCCAGUUGAGCAACUCAUAAAUGGAAACACAGUAAACACAUGGGCUCAAAUACUAGAUGUGAAUCAAAAGCCUAUACAAGGUGGUUCCAAAAUCCAUGUUCAAAUCAAAUUCUCACAGGUUAAGAAUGAUCCAAACUGGUCACAAGGACUAAAGAGUCCAACAUUUCAAGGGGUUCCUCACACUUUCUUUAAGCAAAAUAAUGGCUGUCAAAUCACUCUUUACCAAGAUGCACAUGUUCUAGAUGGUUCUCUUCCGUCUAUUACGUUAGACGGUGGAGAACGCUAUGUGCCGGGAAAAUGUUGGGAAGAUGUUUACAAUGCUAUAAAUGAUGCUAAGCAUUUUAUUUGCAUAACUGGUUGGUCUGUUUACACUGAAAUUACAUUGAUUAGAGAUCGAAACAAGUCAUCGAGAACAAGCAUCACACUCGGAGAGCUUCUCAAGAAGAAAGCUAAUGAAGGUGUUAAUGUUCUUAUGCUUGUUUGGGAUGACAGAACUUCUGUUCCAGAUUUUAAGAAAGAUGGUUUGAUGGCAACUCAUGAUCAAGAAACGAAUGAGUAUUUCAGAAACACAAAUGUGCAUUGUGUUUUGUGUCCGCGGAACCCCGGUGUUGGAAGAAGUAUAGUUCAAGGCUUUGAAACUUCAACAAUGUUCACUCAUCAUCAGAAGACUAUAAUUGUUGACAGUAGAGUUGUUGGUUCUGCACAAUGGAAUAAGAGAGCAAUCACUAGUUUUGUUGGUGGGAUUGAUCUUUGUGAUGGAAGAUAUGAUACUAUGGAACAUCCUUUGUUUUCAACUUUGAAUACAGUUCAUCAUGAUGAUUUUCAUCAACCGAAUUUUCCCGGUGCUUCGAUUAAGAAAGGUGGUCCGAGAGAGCCGUGGCAUGAUAUUCACUGUAAGCUGGAAGGACCUGUUGCAUGGGAUGUGUUGUGCAAUUUUGAGCAAAGAUGGGAGAAGCAAGUUGGGAGGCAAUUAGUUCCACUACCUUCAAGCAUGCUCGGUGAAUAUGGUAUUACUCGUGUAUCGAAUGUUGCGACGGGGAAUGAAAACAACUCAUGGAAUGUUCAGUUGUUUAGAUCGAUCGAUGGCGGUGCUGCUUCUGGUUUCCCUCAAGAUCCUAGAGAAGCUUGUGAAAAAGGUCUUGUAAGUGGAAAAGAUAACAUCAUUGACAGAAGCAUUCAAGACGCCUACAUAAACGCUAUUCGUCGAGCGAAAAACUUCAUCUACAUAGAAAAUCAGUAUUUUCUAGGUAGUUCAUAUGGUUGGAAAUCAUCUGAUAUUAAAGUUGAGGACAUCGGUGCUUUGCAUCUCAUACCAAAGGAGCUCUCAUUGAAGAUUGUUAGCAAGAUUGAAGCAGGAGAGAGAUUUUCUGUGUACAUUGUAAUUCCAAUGUGGCCAGAAGGUGUACCUGAAAGUGCUUCUGUUCAAGCUAUAUUAGAUUGGCAAAGAAGAACUUUGGAGAUGAUGUAUUCUGACAUAGCUGAAGCUCUUCAAAGAAAAGGAAUCAGAGCUAAUCCAAGAGAUUACUUGACUUUCUUUUGCCUCGGAAAUCGAGAGGGGAAGAAAAUGAAUGAAUAUAGUCCUAUAGAAAGACCAGAACCAGACAGUGAUUAUAUCAGAGCACAAAAUUCUAGAAGAUUCAUGAUAUAUGUUCAUGCCAAAAUGAUGAUAGUUGAUGAUGAGUACAUAAUCAUUGGUUCUGCAAACAUAAACCAAAGAUCAAUGGAUGGUGCUAGAGACAGUGAGAUUGCAAUAGGUGCAUUUCAGCCACAUCAUAUAGCAACCAAUAAUAGGCCACCAAAAGGACAAAUCUAUGCAUUUAGACGUUCGCUAUGGUAUGAGCACCUUGGAGAUAUCGGUGACACGAGUUUCUUUGAAAAUCCAGAAAGUUUGAACUGCAUAAAGCUUGUGAAUCGUUUUGCUGAGACCAAUUGGGACAUAUACUCAAGAGAUGCAUUUGAUGAACAGAGAACAUUUCAUCACCUCAUGAGAUAUCCAAUACAAGUAGCUAAUAAUGGAGCCAUAACAACUCUUGCAGAAUUUGAAUAUUUUCCUGAUACUAAGGCUAGGAUUUUGGGUUCCAAGUCUGAGUAUCUUCCUCCAAUUCUCACCACUUGA